ACUUUGUGUAGACUGGUUGGGCGGAGGUGGCUUCCUUAGGAACAAAGCUUGGUAAAUUUCACUACCAGGUAUGCUCUCAUGUGAUUGUAGGCAAAAUAAUGGAGAAUCCCAUCUGUUUCGAGAAUCAGGAAUUUCGUAACGUAAAUGAAGAGCAUCAAAACAUUCCUUUGAAUAUCUUUCGCCUUCAGGUCUCCUCACAUUCCAUUCCCAUGCUUCAUCCUUGGUACAUAUCGUCUCAACAGUCACUUGAGUCGAACCACUGUUCUUAGAGGCACAAUAUAGUUCGUACCUAUAACCUAAAAAUUUAUGUAGAUUUAUUUAUUUUAAUAGGAUUAACAAUUUAAAUAAUUCUUACCUUUAAUAUAGUUGCCAGCAUCCAAAAUCACAACAUUGUUCGGAGUUAAUAACCUUAGAGCUUCUGAUUUCAGAAUGCCUCUUAGUUCCUUUUCCUUUUGUGGAUCUAAAUAAUGCACAGAAUUAAUUGAAUGAGGAAACAGUUAUCAUUACGACAAAAACAAAUUACCUGAAAAUAAAUUGUUCUUAUGAAGUUCUUUGUUGUUUAUUAUGUCAUUUUCUGAAACAAUAUGAACUUUGACUUUAUUGACAUCUUGCAAAAACUCUUUAAUCUGAUUCGCCCUGGUACUUUUGCCUGUGGAAGGUAGUCCAGCAAUCAUUACAAGAGGCAUUGUAAACUCCCAUAAAAUGAAAUUUGUUUUGACUAAAUAAUAACCACUACAUGAAAGUUACUCGUGAAGAUAACAGAUGAGGAGGUAAUAACAUACCUGUGCCAGCAAAUAGCUACGAAGUUCAGUUUGUAUCAUUUGUUAUCUUUGAAAAAAAAAAUAUAUUCACAUGUUAACCUUAAGUAGUGUAGUGUCAAAAUUAAAUAAUUUAACUUGUAUUAUUUAUGAAACAGCCAGAAGCAGUAUGAGGAUAAAUUUACUUUACAAAUAUGUCUUCUAUUAAACAACAGAGUAUAAAUAAACGCCUGAAUGACUUGGAAAAUGAAUUGAAGGAACUUCACGAGCGUAUUUUUAAAAAACGCUACCCAUUUCAUAAGGAUAAUCUGAUAGUUCACAAAAAAGUGAAUUCCAAGAAGGUUCAAAAGAAACGAGCUCUAGUUUUGGCCGAAAAAAAUACUGUGAAUCAUAGUCCAGAACAUUUGAAUGCAGUUGAUUCUGUCAAUAAAAUUCGUACGCAUGAAAAAGAUGUAUUUUGCACCACGACAAGUUUGACAGAUAUUACUAGCUUGUCUUCUGGUUUGGAUAAAGUGUUUCGUUCAAUCGCAAACAAUGAUAUUUAUCACAAUCUUCAAGGCUUGCAAUCGGCAGACCAAAUUUUACCCAAGAAGAAAUCUAAAUUCUCAUUCAAAAGAAAUGAAGAGAAUGGACACAUCAACAGAACGAUUAGUAGCCUCCUUAAAAUGAAACCACAAAAACUAGUAAGAGGAGAAAGUUCAGAAGCAGCAUACAAUCCUUCAUUACUGUACGUAACUAAGAAAGCAACUCCCAAAAGUUUAUCUGUAGAGGAAGAAACAGAGGAUCAUAUGCUAGAUCUGAAGCUGCUUAAAGAACGAAUUGAAAGUGUUAAAAAGAAAUUAAGAGAUGAAAGGGCUCAGAGAGAAAUAGCAGAGCGAACUAUUUCUGGAUAUCGUAAAAGAUUGGCUAUAUUAGAAGGAAAAGCUGGAAAAACUGAAGGACAAGAAAAUCUACAAAUGCAACCAGAAAUUCCAUUUUCAGAUUUUAUAAUUUCAAUACAAAAGCAAAUUAAAGAUGGACACAACACAAACCAUAAAGGUGAUAAUAAUGUUGGCGAGGAAACAGGAAAGACUUUAGCUUCAUUGGAAAAAGAACUGAAUGAAGAACGUGCCAAAAGAUUAGAAGCUGAAAAAAUGGUCUCAGAACUAAAAAAGAAUCUAGAAGAAAGUCAGAAAAUUGUUACGAAGUUGGAAGAAGGGAGGAAAUUGGCAGUAGCUAUGGCAGACCAAUUUCGGGAAAAAGCGACAAACAAUGAUUCUCAAGAAAUAAAAAAAUUAAAAGCUGAAAAAGUAGCUCUUGAGAUGGAACUAAAGUGUACUAAAGAAUCGAAGGAAGUUUCAUCCGACUUAGUCAAAACUUUGGUGGAUCGUGCAGAACGGGCUGAAAAGGAGCUGAUAGAAAAAAUGAGGCAAUGUAAUGAUUUCAUAGCCAAGAGUUCAUUAAAUGAUCCUGAAGUUGUGAAAUUAAUAGAAAAGCACAAAAGAGCUUAUGCAGAGCUUCAACAUGAAAAGAAAAAGAAAGAAAUGGAAUUAAGGAAUCGUUGCAAUGGACUCCUCAAAGAAAUAGAGGCUGCUACUAACAAUGCUGACAAGAGGUAUAGAGAAAUUAGUGAGAUAUAUAAUCAAGCGCUUAUAGAUUUAAAGAGAAAGGAAUCAAUAAUUGAAAAAGUUGAAAAAAAGAAAAUAGAAUUGGAGGAUGAACUAAAAGACCUAAAAAUUGAAUUAGAGGAAGCAGCUAAAAAAAACAAAGAACAACAAGAACACAUUAAGUCAUUAAAAGAUGCAGUUAAACGCAAUGAUGACCAAUUUGAAAAAACUAAAAAAGAAAAGGAAUAUUCAAAAGAACAAUAUGCCUCUCUUGAAGCACAAUAUAGUAAAUUACAUAAUUCAAUAAUAGAGCAAGAUAAAGUCAUAGAGAAUUUAAGGGCGGAAUUAGAGAAGGAAAAAGACUCUGUAAAAAUAAAAGAUAAAAUGCUUAAUGAUCAGGCAGAUACAAUAAAAUGUUUGAGAAUAGUAGCAGAUAAUACUAAGAAGUCUCUGGAUGAAGAGAGAAUCAUAAAACACCAACUAAUGGAUGAUCUGACUAUUUCAAAAAACUCAAAAGAAAAAUUUCAAUCUACAAUAGAAACCAUGCAAAAAAAAAUGAAAGAAUGUGAAGAACAAAAGACUCAAGACAAUAUAUUUUUAAAGCAACUAGAAUAUAAGGUGCGUCAAAAGCACAUGGAAUGGAAGCAACAUAUUGAUCAACUAUGCCAAGAAAAGGAAAAGGCUAUUCAAACAGCUAGAUUUGCAACCGAAAAGCUUGUCAAAGCAGUAAAUGAUUAUGAAAGUAAACUGAUUGGUCAGAAAAAAAUUCAAGGAAUUCUUAACUCAGCAUUAAAAGAAAAGAAUUAUCAACUUGUCAUAGCUAAACAGCAGGUUCAAGAGCUGAAUGAAGAAGUUUGGAAAUCAGCGCAAAUGACUGAAAAAGUUCGUGAUGAACUUCAAAUGAAACUGAAGAAAGCAUGCGAAGUAUGCACUGAUAUCAUUGAUUCACAAAUACCAUUAGGAAGUUAGUACAAGAUUGUAAUGAAAACUGGGAUAUAACCUUCUUGAUGGUGUCUCCUAAUUUCCUUAACUACAAAAAAAAAAAAAAGAUGUGAUAGAAGAAUGAGAAGAUAAAGGCAAAAAAGGAGGUGCCCAGUUGAUGAAGACAAAUCUGAUGAAAUUUCUUUUAAAAUUAUUUAUAAUUUAAUGUUUUAAUGUAGUUUACAUGACUUAAUGUUGUUUCUUGUUUUAUUCUUCAUUUAUAAUCAUUCACUGUGAUUAUUAUUAUCUAAUGAAUUAAUUCAAUAAACAAAUUUGCAAAUUAGAUCU